AGUUUACCCCCACCCCAUUAUAUUACAGUGUAACCAGCCAGCAACAGCAGAGACAGAAACCCCUGAAUCGUGGUAGAUUUGCCAAAAUUGAUGCGAUUCGGUAAAGGAAGGGUGGGAGACGUCUGAGCGGGGAGGAUCCCCCCAAGCGCAUCAUCUGGCAGCACUUGGAAUUGUACAUUUUUGUGAUCGGAUGAUCGUUGUGCCUACAUUUGAUUUCGUUACAAAUGUAUUUUCUCUCUUCCAUUUGGCUUCAUUUUUCUAUUGGGUUGCAGGCCUAUAAUGUAGUCUAUAGCCUUACUUGCUUGCGUCCAGGUCCAACCUUACUGCGCAAAACAGAUGCCUUAUUAGGGCAAGGCCUACUUCAGCUAAAUUAACUGAUCUUCCAGGAUUUAUGAAUAUCUAUUUUGCAAUAUUUGCCUUUAUGGCACCUGUUGUUAUUGUUAUGAUAACGGUAGGGGUAUCAUGUGUAAUUCAUCGAAGGAGGCACAGUCGGAUUGAACGCUCGCUUCAAUGAUGGACGCUCUGGUUCGAUCACCGUCAGUCUCAGACACCAUGGCACAGCCCACACCCCUGGAAACCUCCCUGGGGGCCCUCAUCAUGACAUUCCACAAGCACGCUGACAGUGGAGAUGCUAAGACCCUCAGCAAGAAAGAGCUAACCAACCUCAUCAAGGAGGAGUUGCCCAACAUAACUGGGAAGGGUGGUCCUGACGUGGGUGAGCUGAUGACAAUGCUAGACCACCACGGUGAUGGCGCUGUGGACUUUAAGGAGUACAUCACCCUGAUUGAAUCCCUUGCCUGCAUGUGCAACAGCUUCUUGGAAGGGAAAAUGUAUCUUCUAUCUGCUUUCUGCAGUGUAUUGCAUUAGGCCUGCAUGUCACAUUAAUAAUGUCUCAUAUCUCAUUGAGUAAAUUGCAUACACGCCUUCCUCGGGUGUCCACGCGCAUGCCCGUAUGCACACAUAGACGCAAAGAGUUGCAUAACGCUGCAACAAUUAUAAGACUGAUCCUCAAAUACAUGCACCCAGGUGGAUUCUCUUGUCAGAAUUUGGCUCAAUUGGUAGUGCAUGGCGCUUGCUAUGCCAGGGUAGUGGGAUUGAUUCCGGGUACCAUCCGUAUGUAAAAUAUAUGCAUGACUAAGUCGCUUUGGAUAAAAGCGUCUGCUAAAUUACAUAUAUUAUUAUAUAUUAGGCUAUUAAGAUCUAAGGAAUGCUGCUACACAGAGCAUGUGAGAUAGUAAACAGGAUGUGUAGGCUAUUUAUUUACUGUGUUGUGCAUGUACAGUAAUUCAAUCAGUCUGUUUGGAAUUAUUGAUAUGUUUUGUCUUUACUGCUAAUAAAUGGGGAAAAGACC